UGUAUCUGUUCAUAUUUUCCUGACUUUAUUUGUUUUUUGACCAGUAUGUUCAUUCUAGUUCAUUCAAAUGCAUAACGACCUCCUAUAAGGAUGCCAUUUCCCCCCAUAUGCUGUAAAGCAAAGGAAAAAAAAAAACGUUUUCAUUGAAAACCAUAUUUAUUAUGUGUCCAAACCUACUUUGUUCUCAGCUAUUUUGAAUAUUUCAUGCAUGAAAGGGUUAAUAAACCUGGACUGUUCUCUUGUACUAUCCUUCUGUGGAAAUCAAGUGGAAAUGAAGCACAGGGCCGCAGCCUUCAUAAAUAAUCAAUCCUCUUUGUUGCUGGUUCGUUUGCAGGAGCGUGUAACAUGAGCUUGUGAUGAAGAGACAGGUGGGGUCAGCCAUCGAAGAGAAGACGCGCGGCACUGUGAUUGACAUGUGGCCUGUGCACACCACACUCCAACCCACGGAAGACAUUCACAGUCCUGGCUUAAGAAAUGGGGGAUUGGUCCAUUCUUGGCCGCUUUCUAACGGAGGUGCAGAACCACUCCACGGUGAUCGGGAAGAUCUGGCUCACCAUGCUCCUCAUCUUCCGCAUCCUGCUGGUCACUCUGGUGGGGGACGCGGUGUACAGCGACGAGCAGUCCAAGUUCACCUGCAACACCCUGCAGCCCGGCUGCAACAACGUCUGCUACGACACCUUCGCCCCCGUGUCGCACCUGCGCUUCUGGGUCUUCCAGAUCGUCCUGGUGUCCACGCCAUCCAUCUUCUACAUCGUCUACAUCCUCCACAAGAUCGCCAAGGACGAGAAGCUGGAGCUCCAGGAGGCUCGGAAACAGCUGCUCCACAAAGACCUUCCUCCCCUGGUGGAGCAGCAUGAAGAGGACGUGAGCUUCAGCGAGCGCGCGGACUACCAGAGCGAGUGGGUCACGCAGGGCGGCGAGCCGGUGGAGCAGACCCUCUUGGACGAGGAGAUCAGAGAGGUGAGCAAAGAUCCCACUAAACUCUCAAGGAAGGUGCUGCUGAUCUACAUCGUCCACGUCAUGCUGAGGUCCUUGAUGGAGAUCGGCUUCUUGGUGGGCCAGUAUUACCUGUUCGGGUUCAAGGUGCCCCACCUGUUCCGCUGCGCGACCUACCCUUGCCCCAACACAACUGACUGCUUCGUGUCCAGGGCCACCGAGAAAACCAUCUUCCUGAACUUCAUGUUCGGGGUGAGUCUGGGCUGCUUUCUCCUGAACCUCGUGGAGCUGCACUACCUGGGCUGGCUCUAUAUCUUCCGGGUGCUGUGUGCAGCCUGCUGUGAACCCGAGAAGAGGGAGCACACCAGCCAACACUCCGAGCACAACCCCCUGCUCCUUCAACUCAAAGAGUCCCUCCAAGAACAACUGGUCCUCAGGACCGCCCCGGGGUUGUCCCAGGAGAAGCCCGGGUACCUCCCCUCCCACCCCGCCACCAUCUCCUUUGAGACGGACUCCACCAUCGAACACACGUCCAAAAAAAGCCCAGACGAAAAGGAACGUGCAAAAUCAAAGCUAGCCAAGCUGGGAAAAAGCAAGAAGUCAUGGCUUUAAAACAUAUUAUUAUUAUUAUUUUCAUUUCAUUUCAUUUUGUUGUAUUUUCUUUUUAUGUUACAUUACAUGGAGUAGCAGAUUAAAAUUUUAAAAACU